ACGGUCACUUCCGUUGUCAAUUCAAAAUAUCUGUCAAAUUCUCUUUGUAUUGACACAUAUGUCAAAUGUGUCAAUACUUCUGUCACUGUCAUAGCUAUCGUGCUGUCAGAAUAGAACAAACAUCACAAACAACUGUCAAUCAUCCGCUGUGUAGUGUGAAAGAAAAAUCUGAAAAAUCACUCAAACGAAAAGUUUCACCAGCAUUUUUAAUUUGCCUCCAAAAUGCCGCCCAAAAAGGUGCACUGUCAAGUUCGGGGCUGUCGCCAGCGCUCCAAGGGAAUCGAUCUUGCCAGUCUAACGUUCCACCGGUUUCCGUUGGAGGUGAAUGAGGCCAGUCAAUGGGUGCAGUUUUCCGGAAGCGAGUAUGCGCAGGAUGAGUUUAAGCGCUUGGGUCCCAUUGGCGUCCGGAAGCUGUGGAUGUGCUCGCUGCACUUCGAACCAAACUGCUACAAGAUGUUGGGUUCGAAAGCCAAUCUCCGGCACGGAGCAAUACCGACACUAAGCGGGCCCACAGAUGAGCCGGAAGCGGAUGAAGAUGAAGAGGGGUCAGCUGAGACCGGUGGUACUGCCGCAGAGGAAAGCGAUGAUCCAGGGGAGGGCAUUUCAACGGUGGCGGGAGCUGAGCUGACCAAAACUGCGCCAAAGAGGAAGAGGGAGCAUCUCGACGAUCGGUUCUACGACUUUCUCAAGGACAAUGACGACUCGGACAAUACUCAACGAUUCACCAGCAAAUCUCGCAAACCGCAUCCUCCUUUCUGCGUUUGCAGCAGUUGCCGUUCCGACCGAGCGGCCAGAGCCAUGGAGAAAGGGGCUUCGCCACACAAAGCCAUCCAAACUGCGGACAUUGGACCGCAGCCGGACGCGUCUCCUGUUCCGUUGGGGGGCAGCCAGGACUCGUGUCGGCUGUGCUUCAGCACCGACCAGCUAGAACCCCUCUGCUCUGGUAUGAUUGUGGUACGAGACGAAAUGCUGGACAAGAUUUACGUCUGCACCGGAGUGCUGAUUAUACCGCGUCCGAAAGUGUCUAUCUUCAUCUGUACGCCAUGUGCUCAGCUGAUCAACAGUUUUCACGCCUAUCGGCAGCAGGUGUGCAGUAACAACCAGGCCCUCCUGCGAACAAUCGCCUUGAAGGCGUCAAAAGCGUCGACGACUACGUCUACGCCUAGGAUUCAAAAAGUUUCGCCCCUUCCGCAAGUGCGAAAACCGCCACCGGCUCCGAUUAGGCGAAAGCCUCCUGUGGGAUUGAUUCCGAUUAUCGACACAAUGCCCUCGUUGCAAAGAGCACCAACCACGCUGACGCAGUAUGUCAAGAUAGCUCCAAAGUUACCCAUGGUGGUAGAACCAGAAGUAACCGUGGUCCAACCGGUCAAGGACGAACUGGACGAUCCACUGGAAGGUUGCGGCGAAACAUCGCAAAGGAUAGCCGCCCCGACAACAGCGCCACCACUUAUCCCAGCCAACAAGUCAAACGUUUUAAUUAAGCUGCAAUCGAAGCAGACAAUUGCCGCAAUGACGAAGGAACCUCCAAAGGUGCCUAUGGAGACAAUAGAAAUUGAUGAUGACGCGGAAGAUUUGCCCGACGGAGAACGGUGGAGUUGUUGGCACUGUGACAAUGCUUUCCCGUUCCAGUUCGAGUGCGCCAAACAUUUGCUGCAGGUGCAUGGAGAGAAUGUGGGGUCGAUCAAGAAAAGGCUGAAGUUGGAUGAACUGAACGCCAACAUGCUGCAUAUGAUGAGUAUGAACCAGAAGAAGUAGCAAGGCAGGCGGAGGUAUAAAGGUAAUAAUUUUGGUAAGUACUUUGAAGCACUGAUUUUUUAAAUAAUUUCUAUAAAUAAAAAUAAAAAUGUAUAA